AUGAGCUCGCCAAAUGACCGUCCCCGGACUGGCUCCGUCGAUCCUUAUGCCAAUCCUGAUGUUUAUUACGGAACAGGAGACCAAGUUGAUCGUUUCAAGUCUCGCAGACGCGCUUUCUCUGCUAGCUUGAAUAACUAUACUCGUGACGAUAUCAAUCAAUUCUUCGGCAAUAUUCCUUCACGGCGCGGUAGUCACGAUGAGGCGUCGGGACAACCUAGAAAAUUCCUUAUCCAUGUGGAUGAGACUCUCGAGGCGCUCCUGAAGCAGGAGGACACGGAUAGUAAUAUGCAGAUCACAAUUGAGGACCUGGGACCUAAGGUACUCUCGGUCGGAACUGCGGCAUCAUCCGGAUACAAUCGAGUCGAUGUGCGGGGCACAUACAUGCUCUCUAACCUUCUACAGGAGCUUACAAUUGCUAAAGACUACGGUCGGAAGCGUCUCAUUCUGGACGAAGCACGUCUGAGCGAGAACCCAGUGUCUCGGCUCUCGCGCAUGAUUAAGAAUUCCUUCUGGGAUGCGCUUACUCGACGCAUUGAUGGUCAUAACAUUGAAGUGGCGGGUAAGGAUCCAAAGGACUGGACUUCAGACCCUCGUCCUCGGAUCUACGUCCCGCCAGGCGCUCCUGAACAGUUCGAAUAUUAUGAAAACAUUGCCAAGGAGCAUCCCGAGCUGCGCCUUGAUGUGCAGCUGCUUCCUGCUGAGAUUACCCCGGAUUAUGUGAUGAAGCUUAACGACAAGCCUGGUUUGUUGGCACUGGCUAUGGAGAAAAAGAUGAACGAGUCAACUAUGAAAGAAGAGCUUGUCGGUGUGCCGUUCGUUGUGCCAGGUGGCCGUUUCAACGAGCUUUAUAACUGGGAUAGUUAUAUGAUGGCCAUAGGACUGCUCUCCAAUGAUCGUGUUGAUCUUGCCAAGGGCAUGGUCGUUAACUUCUGCUUUGAGAUCAAGCACUAUGGAAAGGUCCUCAACGCCAAUCGAUCCUACUACCUCACUCGUGCGCAACCUCCAUUUUUGACAGACAUGGCAUUGCGCGUGUAUGAGAGAAUCAAAACGGAGCCUGACUCGAAGGAAUUCCUGCGCAACUCCGUUCUCGCCGGUAUUAAGGACUACAACAGUGUCUGGGUUUCUGAGCCUCGCCUGGACCCUGUGAGCGGUCUUUCGCGCUAUCGCCCCGAAGGCUGGGGCGUACCACCAGAGACCGAACCAUCUCACUUCUUGCAUAUUCUCACCCCAUACGCGGAGAAGCAUGGCAUGACAUUCGAGGCGUUUGUCAGAGCAUACAACCACAGAGAAAUUGUCGAGCCUGAGCUGGACGAGUAUUUCUUGCAUGACCGAGCAGUCCGUGAGUCUGGUCACGACACCAGCUACCGACUGGAAGGUGUAUGCGCCAACCUCGCGACAGUAGACCUCAACUCCCUCCUGUACAAAUACGAAGUCGACAUCGCGCGCAUCAUCCGUGUUCAUUUCAACGACAGACUCGAAAUUCCCCACGAAUUCCGCACACCACUCACAAGAGAUAUCGAGUUCGAGACUUCCGCAGUAUGGGACAGACGUGCACGCAAGCGUAAGGCGCGCAUGGAUCAGCUCUGCUGGGACCCAGAGAAGGGUAUGUACUUCGACUACGACACUGUCAAGAAAGAACGCACGAACUACGAAUCCGCAACAACCUUCUGGGCCAUGUGGGCCGGUCUCGCAUCCCCAGCCCAAGCCGCAGCUCUGGUCUCCAAGGCCCUGCCGCGCUUCGAGGCAUUCGGCGGUCUUGUCUCCGGCACAGAGGAGUCCCGCGGUGCUACUAGUCUGAAGCGGCCUAACCGGCAGUGGGAUUACCCCUACGGCUGGGCGCCGCAGCAGAUCCUCGCCUGGACCGGUCUCCUCCGGUACGGAUACCAGGAAGAGGCUGAGCGGUUGGCGUAUAAGUGGGUGUACAUGAUCACCAAGGCCUUUGUUGAUUUCAACGGUGUUGUCGUCGAGAAGUAUGACGUUACUAGGCCCAUUGACCCUCAUCGGGUCGAUGCUGAGUAUGGAAACCAGGGUACAGACUUCAAGGGCGCUCCUCGCGAAGGGUUCGGCUGGGUUAAUGCCAGUUACGUCUACGGAUUGGAGAUUCUCAAUGCGCACAUGAGGCGCUCGUUGGGAACCAUCACUCCCUAUGAGACAUACCACAAGGCAGUUGUGGCUCAAGAUGCCUUUUAA